AUGUCAGAUGAUAGCCUCGUGGAGUGGGUCUCACCCAGGAUUGACCUACUAUACAGUGAUGGUGUAUCUAUCCACAAGGGAUUGGCACUCUCAAUGACUGUUAUCUUCCAUAAAGUCAACGAGUCAAAGUCAUUGGUAUUCAUAAAAAACUGUGCAGCAGAAGGCCAGGUCCCUAUGGACCUCAAUACAGAGACCUCCAUGAGGGCUCUACUUCAGGCCACACCUGACUGUGCCAUGACUGCAGGGCACCCAUGCUCUCUUUCAAUUGAAGAUCACAAUGAUCUUGAAUACCAGGAGGACCUUGCAAUGGAAGCUGAGAAAGUGGCAGAACUCAAGGCCCAAAUUAAAGAACAGUUGGACAGCCUUUCUGAUGAUGAAGACCAUUCGUCAAUUGGCAGCCACAUGGAGGCACAAGAAGAAGAAAACAAAGAUGAUCUAGUGGAGCUUGAAGGUUACCCCUUACUUAUGUUCAACAAGCGCAUGGGCAUUAUCAUAUGCCAUGAAUGUGGCACAGGCCUUCUCUUGUCAAAUGUCCAUCGGCACCUCACUACAACAGAAGAAAUACCCAAGGUAGCAGAAGAUGGUAUUCCCUUUCACUCAGUUGAGAGGUUAGCAGUUUCUCAUGAUCAGGUUAACCUGCCCAGCCCUUCCAAGGUUAUGCAGCAAAUCAUAGACAAGUUGACCGCACUUGGAUAUGAGGCUGCAUGGGAUGCAUCUGUUAUAGCUUGGCAACAAUGCUGGGAGGAUCUCUACACUUCCACUCCUACUCCUGUUCAAGGUCUUAAGACUGGGCUUCUUUUCCAAAUGGAAUGCAACUUCACACACACAGAGCGUAUGUACUUUGCAGUUGCCAAACCCAAGAAACUCAAGGCUGUGGCCAUUCCCAGAGUUCCUUCACUUGACCUUUGGGAGAACUUGAUGCAGCAGAAGAAGAAGCUUUCCCUGCUCAGAGAGAAGGAAGGGGUUACCAAAGACUCCUUUGUGGUAACAUCAGGGAUUGAUGGUUGGCUGUCGCAGUUGGACAAGCACAAUCUAUAUUCCAUCAUGCAUGCUGAUAUGCAGGACCCUAUACGUCCUCGCCUAUUCCAACUACGUGCAUCAACACUGUACCACGACUGUGCAGAAGUCAACAGAUAUCACACCUUUAGUUCUGGAUACCUGUCCAAAAGAACAGUCCAGGAGCAUUUCAUGUGUGCUUUGAUUGCCCACUACAAGAGCGCAAUGAAAGCCGUUGAGAAGGCUGGUCCAGACUUCUUCACCUUUACCAAGGAAGAAAGAAUAGCAAUCAAGGUCCUCAGGAAUGCUCUUCUGAUCGACCAAAAGACUCCCCUGACGCCACAGCAACAAAAGGUUGUCGCCAGGAGAACACAUGAGGUGCUGUACCUGUUCUAUUUCCCUGAAUAUGAUCCAGCACUUGUGAAGAACAAGUUUGGUUUUGCCAGUGUGGCCUACAUGGCAACUUUCUGGCUCCACAAAGAUGGCUCUUACAAGACCAUACAUGACUUUCCACCCCUACUAGCUCAGAUGCAAUUCAUGAUGCGGAUCACUGGUUUCCACAAGAUGAGCGAGACGUUGGCUCUGGUGGAGACACUGCCUAAAGACCUCAAAGCUAGUGGCUCUGGCUCCAGGCAGAAUAUGCAUCAGGACAAUGAGGAACAGGUGGAAGAUGAAUACAGUGAAGAAGAUGACAGUAGCUUUGAAGAAGUGCAGAAGUUGAUGAAAAUGGGAGCAAUGAAGAUGACCGGGCUGACUAGAGACCUCAAAGGCAAACAGCUCCAUCCUCCAUCAAGAUCAAGAAUAUCUUCAGGGAAAAGCCAAGGUCACUCUGGUCUGAAGCCACCAAGCAGUUGCUCCAGUAGGUCCCAUGACCCUUCCAGUAUCUUUGUUGACCCUGACUUGCUUCAUCGGGCCACCCAUAUUGUGCACAACACACCUCAUCCAGCAGUAAUCAAUGCUGUGGAUGAUGGGGAAGGCAUCAUAGAACUUGGUGGUGCUAGGUUUACUUUGCCAGAACUCAGAACUGCUAUUCAAUCUGAGCUGACAAAGGUUCAGCAGCAUCUCCAAGAAAAGGUCCUUCUGGGAACUCCCCUGGAAUUUCAUGGAUUGGCCUAUGAUCCUUCACGAAUAUCCCUCAGUUCUGAUGAGACCACCAUAGGCUGUGGUGUCUUUGGAGAUGCCCUAGAUAACCCUGAUAGUGACAAGCUUCUCAAGGCCAUGAUUCAAUACUUCGUUGCAGGUGGGCCAACCCCUACCAUUAGGCAUGACACGAAGCCACAUCCCAACACCAAGCCACAUCCCAACACCAAGUCACAUCCCAACACUAAGCUGCAUUCAAGUCAUGUUCUCCGCAAGACAACCACUGCCCAUAGGAACAACAAGAGUGUUGCUGCUAGGGUGGAUCAUGCCAGACUCAAGGCUACUGUUCCUAGAACUGAGAGGAGAUCAGUCCUUUCUCAGGAGCCUCUUUUGAAGGACAUGCAGGAUGUUGCUGAGAAAAACAACACUCCUUCUUCCAUAGAUGGAAGAAAAGUGAUGCAGUGGCUGGCAGAUGUCCAUCAAGCAUGGACCAUGCGGUGGAAGCUCACAAGAAGCAUUAGCAUUGCAGAUAAGAGCCUGGUCAUGAUGGCUGAGCUGAUGACAGGGCAUACAGAGAAAACUGGGGAGAUGGUAUAUGCCCGGAUGACAAGGACUGGGAGUGCAAUUCAGGGCACCCAAGACUUGCACAUCAAGAUUUGCCUUGCUCUGCAGCAGGCAUGGGGAGUAACACCUCCUCCCAUAGUGCAUAAUGAUUCCACUUGA